CCUCAUUGGACAAGACCAUGCCAUCCCUAGGGAUUGCCUUGCAGAGGUAGAAAGGCCUUGCUUCCAUUCACAGAAACAUUGGUAUGCCAGCCUGCUAUUUCAUUCACAUAAAAGACUAAAUAUUGCAUGAUUGUUUUUUCUCGUCUUCUGCCCUUUUUCUCCUUUGUCUCUUCGCCUCCUCCUUUGAUUUGCGAGGGCCUGCCCGUUCUUCCUCCCUUGCUUUUGUGUUUGCCUUUGUUUCUGAGGAGAGAAGGCAGACGUGCUGUCUUUUUUUUCUCUUUUUUUUUUUCUGUAUUUGCCAGGCAGGAAAGAGAGAUGUUGGGAGGGACUGCAGUGCGAAAUCUGCAGCAGAGAGCGGAAGCUGCUUGUGAAUGAGUGUCAGUCUUUCAGCUUGGCUAUAUGCUCCUGAGGACAUUUUUUACAUGAAUGGUGUCUGGCUGUCUGCUUUCCGCUACCACGGAGACAAAGAUGCUUUGCUGCCGCUGCUGAUGCUGAUGCUGAUGCUGAUGCUGAUGCUGAUGCUGCUGCUGCUGCCGGGCUUUAUCUGUUAUCCUUUCGCUUGUUUCAUUGACUCAUCUGCCUGAGAAACAUGUCGUUCGUUCUGUGUCGUUUUAGAUGGUUUCAUUCACGUUGUUCAACCAGGACCGACUACUGGAUAUUUUAGACAAGUUGUGAAUCUGCUUCUGCUUCCUUUUAGUGGAACUGAAUUUUCCGUUCCUUUGUUGCUGGUAGAGAUUUAGUGUCCAUGUUUGAUAAAUGGUGCCAAAACAGCUUUAUGUCAAAAGAAAUAUUUAUUCUUCUUGCAUUAUUGGACGCAUGUUAAUAUGUUAGAAACAGCUAUAAUGAGACUAUUAUCUAGUUUUCUGAAACCUGAUAGCAGGAGUGAUGUCUACCUAUAUUCUGCAGCUGUUAUAAAAUUAACAUAGACAUUAUAUUAAUGAUGUUGCAAAUUUCAUGCUAAGAUUUUACUUUAUUGCAUCUUUCAAUGAUUUACAGAGGUUUCUUUGUUCCUUCUAAAGAAAAUGACGUCCUUAUGAUAAACUGAAAUGUUGUUUUCAUAUUUUUUGUUAGAGAAGCUUUUCUGUCACUGUGGUUAUAGCUGUCAGUUACUUAUUUCACUUAAUUUAUUAUCAAUUCUUUGAUUAAUUUAUUAUUUUUGUGUUUUUCAUCCUAAUAUCAUAACUUUUAUCAGUUCGUCCAUCCAUUUUUAUAGGACAUAAAUUGUUGGACAUACAUAAAAUAAUGCAAAUUAUUAUAAACGAUCAUUUUACUGUGUUAAAUAAUCCAGCUACCUCUCAUUCUUUGUUUCCCUCUCUUGGUAAAACAAAUACGAGGGAAAGAAUUUCAUUAAAUUAAUAUCAGACAGGGGAAUUUAAAAAUUGAUUGAUUCUAGUGUGCUGUAAGUGGGAGGUUUUUUUUCCCUCUCCCUCCAACAGGAAGUGAUUUGCAGUGUUCAGCAAGCCUUUUGUUGAGAAGGUUUUCUCAGAUCAGUGACUCAUGCUUUAGCUCUGAGCCGGCAAGCAGGCAGGCAAGCAGCAGCAGUCAGUAGAGAGUAUUUUUCUCCUCCCUCGCAGCAUCCGUGAUCAGCAACAACAUAGAUCUUUCUCUGUUCUCUCACUUUUUGGAUUUUUUUUUUUAGGCUAGAGAUCGGCAGCGGCAGCAGCAGCAUCCCCACUGGAAACCAAACAAGCUGCACCACAACACUGGCAGAGACCUUUUUUUCCUCCUCUCCAUCCUUUCUUCCUCUGCCUCACUGUUGUGUUUUCAUGGAUUGUGUCUGUAUAUUUCCUUUUUACGGAUCAGAUUGCAGCUCUGGAUUUUACUGACAGCAGAUUGGAGUGUGGUGACAGCAGCAGCAGCAGCAGCAGCAGCAGCAGCAGCGGUCCAACACAACCGCCACUGUAACCUCAGCAGAGAAAAUUACAGUCAGGUGGCCUGUGAUUGCUAAAAGGCGUUUGCUGCCUGUACCGCUGCUGCUAUGUCACAGGAGAGGGUAAUCAGCGCGGCUCAGCCACGUCUGCCAGCACACUUGUGAGAGAGGCAGGCUGUGCGUGUCGGUUGGUGGAGAGAGGGGAGAGAGCAAGAGAGAGAAGGGUAUGCUUCACCGUACCAAAUACAACCGCUUCAGGAAUGAGUCAGUAACAUCUGUCGAUGAUCUUCUCCACGGCCUGUCCAUGAAUCCCAAGGUCUCGGCUACCCCCCAGUCUGCAGCCGAGACAUCUUACACACCCCCGACUGAGCUCCAGUCCUCCACCACCACCACCACCGCUCCCAGCACUGCCACCGGCCACGGGUCUGACCACCUGGAAGAUGGAGGCACCCUCUGCACCCUCAUCAACAAGGUGUCCAGCCUGAAAUUCAGCAACUCAGGCAGCUUGCUGGGCAUCAAGGGUCUGCCCUCGGCUGUCAAGGACCUGGCUGUGUCUAAGCUGCAGGGGGGUGGGGGAUCCGGCCCAGGCAGCUCCGGUGGCCCGAGCCCCAGUGCGGCAUCAACAGCAGCGGCGGCAGUCUCUGGCGUGGGCGGCUCUCUGUGCAGCUUGGCCUCCCAUUCGACCCCCUGCUCGCAGCCGGAGACAGCUGUCAGCAUGAGCAAGAAGAGCAGGCUGGAUGAGCUCCAGCCCGGUGGAGAGGACUGGAAUUCAGGUGGAGGUGGUGGACUGGUGAGCAAACCCUCCAGAGGAUGGCUACACUCGAGCGAGAAGAUCUCUGGUCCAGGGGUGACAUACAUUGUGAAGUAUCUGGGCUGUAUAGAAGUUCUUCGGUCAAUGAGAUCGCUGGAUUUCACCACAAGGUCACAAAUAACAAGGGAAGCCAUCAGCCUGGUGUGUGAGGCUGUUCCAGGGACCAAAGGAGCUCUGCGGAAGAGAAAGCCACCGUCCAAAGCUCUGUCGAGUAUCCUGGGCAAGAGCAACCUGCAGUUCGCUGGCAUGUCCAUCAACCUGAACAUUUCCACCAGUAGCCUCAACCUGAUGACCCCCGACUGCAAACAGAUCAUUGCCAACCAUCACAUGCAGUCCAUCUCCUUUGCAUCAGGAGGAGACCCUGACACAACAGAUUAUGUUGCCUAUGUAGCAAAGGACCCAGUUAACAGAAGAGCGUGUCACAUCCUGGAGUGCUCUGACGGACUGGCCCAGGACGUCAUCAGCACCAUCGGCCAGGCCUUCGACCUUCGCUUUCAGCAGUAUCUGCAGUGUCCCUCAAGCAAGCUGUCCUCCACACACGACAGGGUAUUAAACGUGGAGGAGUUACCAUGGACUGAAGAAGAGGAGGAGUCAGCUGAACAUCCGUACUAUAACAACAUCCCUGGAAAGAUGCCCCCACCUGGAGGCUUCAUCGAUACCCGGCUGACCAAUCAGAAUGCAGCAGCUGAUGGAUGCCAGAUGGGCCCAGGUUCGGUAGAUCAGACAUAUUACCAGGGGCGGCACUGUGGAGAAAACUGGGGAGAUGAAAGAAAGCCCAUAUUCUUACAACAGGGAUCAUUUGACAUAAGCAGUCUGCCGGAGAGUAAAGGUCAGGCACCGAAAACAGCCGAGAUGCCCAUGUACGUGAACACGCAGCAGAUUGAUGCCCAGGUACUCGCAGUUCUCCAGGCAGAGGCGGAAAAUGUGACCAAGGGCAUGGCAGCUGCAGCCAAAGAGAGCCCACAGAAGGACCUGUUUGACAUGAAGCCCUUUGAGGAUGCGAUACAUUCUCAGUCCCAUCCGCCGGGCCAGGGACAGGCCCAGUCCCAGGUGUCUGGUCUUCACAAGGCAGCAUCCAUGGAUAACUCGAGCCCUCUUCUAGUGCGUUCACUGGCCUUCCGGGCGCAGGAGGAGCUGGAGGGCAAGACAUGGUAUCACGGCAAAAUGAGCCGUCGUGACGCUGAACAGCUGCUGAGAGAAGACGGGGACUUCCUGGUCCGCAAGAGCACGACCAACCCUGGGUCUUAUGUACUGACGGGCAUGCACAAUGGACUUGCCAAACACCUACUGCUGGUGGACCCUGAGGGCACGGUACGGACAAAAGAUCACAUAUUUGACAGCAUUAGCCACCUUAUUGGCCAUCACCGUGACAACAAUCUGCCUAUUGUGUCAGCCGGGAGUGAACUGUGUCUCCUGCAGCCUGUUGGAAGGAAACAGUGAUGCUUGUGAGGCCUGACGGUAAACAGGAAGCUCUGAACAGUCUCUCCUACAUCCUGAAACUUGAAGAUGACACAUGAACAGAAGAUGCUUAAAGGCUCUACGCACUACGACGGUGUUUUAUGGGAGAAGUUGUCCCGCGGUUACUUUACAGGAGGCACUGGAAGACACAGGAUUUGUCUAAGAUGAAAAAAAUAUUUAUAGAACUGUUAUUUUGUUGUGAUGACUGAAAUGCUAUAUUUUUGAGAAGACAUAAGUGCAUUUGGACAUACUAUCUUGAUUUGGUGUUUUAAAAGAUAUAAAAAAUAGACAGUUGUUCUUGUAGUUUAGAUGAAAUCAAACCUCAAAGAGGUGUUAACAAGCGUAUUUUAGAAUAAAAACCUGAAAUUUUAGUUUUGUCUGUCAAGCACAACCACAUUUCUACAGGAACUGUUGGCUAAGAUGUCGGAAACGAAAGCAGUUUGGACAACAAAGGCAGUUUAUAAUGAAUUUAGGAGAAAAAUGUCCUUUAACGUCACCAAUAGCGUUACAGCUCACUCAAUUAGUCACUAUAUGAAAUCUGCUUUUAUUGGGAAUUAGAAAUGAAUGUGUUUUGCUUUGCAGUAGUGACAAAGUUUUGGGGUGUGAACAGACAUCCUUCAUAUAGUGCUCUCAAUGGCUUUAAAGAUAAUCUUUUUUAUAAAGUAUUUUCUUGUGUCACAGUCGCAUGACUUCAAAUCAACUGUUAUUGUGGACAUUGUUCGUAGACCUUGAUGCCCCUUUGUUUGGAAGAGGUGCUUGUGUAUGCUGACACUGUAAAAUAUUUAUGCUUUUCAACUAGGGAUUAUUUCGGAAAUUGGUCUCCUCUGGAUUCUUCUUUUAGGUGUGUAGUCAAUAAUUUGUUUCGGGGCUUGAGUCAUUUUCAAUGUCUUAAUUCACAUGUUUUGCUUUUUGUGAACUUUUAAAGGUACUUUAUGUAACAAUCAAAAAAAUAUUUUCUAGUAAUGACCUCAGUCAGCAUCCUGUUGAGGAGUUGUGUGUGUAUGUGUGUGCUCGCUCGCUAUUGGUUGGCACGAGGGAGGAUGCCGGCCACGGCCAAAAUAUUGACGUGACAGACAUGGGAAAUAAUCGUGAUAGAUGGCGUCAUGUUCCUAGAUGACAUAGCUUAAGUUACAGUUUCACCAUAAACUGUAUUUGAGACGAUGCACCAUAUUAGACUGUGUCAUAAUUAGCUUGAUUUCUAGCACAAAAUAGACUCGUGACAUUUAACCAAACUAUUCUUAUUGGAUAAUACAUUGACUUGCUGUUCGCUAGCCAGCCCACUUUAUUAAUCGCUAUUUUUGUAGCUUCCACCAACAGCCUCUGCAAAGUCAUCAAAGCUAAAUAUGCUGGAUGACAAUGCUAAUCGUUCCAACUAAAGGUGUUGCCACACUUUUUAUCACAACUCUUGUUUCUGUAAAUUGACAUGCUAAUGUUUCUGCGUAAUAGAAGUUGAGAUCAUAGACUUUAAAUAAAGAUGGACGACACAUCUCCACUUUCGCCAACUAUCCAGAAAUUAAGCCAAAAUAUCUCGGAUACAAAAGCCUCCAUCUUGCACAUUUGGUGCCAAAGUCUGCGCAGUAUCGACUAGGGGAUGGAUCUGUGGUAGCGUUGUCCUGCUGAUACAUUUCCCUGUGUUUUUAUUGCAUUGAUUAACUAAUUUUUGGCUUCACUUUUGGAAAGCAGUCAUGUUGUCCAUCUUUAUCAAAAGUAUAAUUGAUACAAUGAUAUUCCUAAGAUAACAUCAGUCAUGAACAGAUGAUAGGACACACAACAUCGACAUAAAAACUACAAGAUAAUAGGUUCCAAUACGUUUUCUUGUUGUGCUGGGAGCAGGUCAUUAAUUUGUUAUGGGACUCCAUUUCUAAGCUAGCGUUAGCUAGUUUUUCACUCUGUUGGUCCUUUGGAUUUUCCCAGAAAAUGUGUCCAGAGUCUUUUACAUGGAACACCAGUCCACAGGCUGUUAGAAGCAGCCAAGAUAACAAUUAAUACAUAUUAGUGCUUCACAUUCUCACAUAUAGUACCUUUAAAAUAUUGUUCUUAUUAUUAUUUGAAUGAUCACAAAUGAAUAGCACAAUCAGAAAAUCUGUUAGAUCAUCUGUGUCAGUCGUACCAAACAAAUGACCCAUGUGUUUAGAUGUAAUUUACACUUUACUAAUUAGACAAAUGUUGAUUACACACAGAAUGCUCAAUAUUACUCAUGUCGAUAUCUUAUGGCAAUGUUGCCUUAUUGCCACUAGAUGUCAUCACAGACACACUUGUGAAACACCACCCCAGUCAGUCACACUCACUUCAGGUCCCUUAUUUUAUCACCUAGUAGAAGAGGAUGCUAUUAUGUAUUGCUUGGUGAAAUCAGACUCCACCUUUAUUGAGGACAGCUCACAGUUAACUUGCAUUUUGAUGUCCACUAUACGCAAUCGUUCCUCAGAACAGUUUAUGGUAUUUAGGUUACACAGACAUUUUUGUUGAGUUGGAAUCCAAAAUUUGAAGAAAAAAAGACUUAUAGAAAUAAUACACAGCAGUUUUUAAAUCCCCUCAUCCUUAUACUAUUAUCAGUACUCUGAUGGAUACCAAAUGAAUGGGGCAUUGUAUUUGAUAUGCACUGGACCACUUCAAUUGAACCAAAAUCAGCAUGUGUUCAAUGGGUUUGACAAGACAGAUGCAAUGUAAUAUAACGUGCCUGUAUUUUGCUGCAAGAGGGAGUGUACAGUACAUGCAUCUCACGACAAACACAUAUUAAGCGUUGGGGAUUGUAUUGGGAUCAUUCUGGAAAAAAUCACCACUUUUGGUCAAAGCCCAUUAAGACUUUCUUAGAUUCCUUGUCUCCUGUCAGAAAAAUAAAAUAUUUUCUGAGGGAGAGGGACGCAAAGAACGAUUAAGUUUUUUUUAUUUUUUUCAGUUACCCGCCAUCAUCUUUUACUUUGUCUGAUUCUUUGUGACAUGAUGUCAUCAAAUCUAAUAUCUCGGGAGAUGGAAUCACGCGCACUAUUCUAAUGUAAUGCAUUAUUUUCGAGAUCUGUGUCUGGAAAGCGAAUUUGUGGAAUCACCUCGGCAAAAUGUGCAAUGUUUUGAACAAAGUGUGUACGACAGAAGGAACAACUUCCAUACUUGAAUCUCUCGAUUAGCUGCGCGAUGUCAAGAAAUUAUGGAACCAAACUGACACGCUGGGACACAAAUAAGAACAUGGCUUCUUUCCAGAUUUCUGUUGAUGAAAAUGUGCCUUUUAUUUGUACAAAUGUUGUUUUUAUUUUUCUCUUUCUCUCUCUCUCUCUCUCUCUCUCUUCAAAGUGCAAUAGCUGAUCUUCAAUGGGGCAUGCCUGUUCACUAGAGGUCGUGUUUUGCCCUGCUGUGUGUUGCUGCUUGAGACUACUGUUUCCUCUCUCUCUCUCUCUCUCUCUCUCUCUCUCUCUCUCUCUCUAUCUCUCAGUCUCUUUAUCUCCCUCCCUCUCUAUUAUAUAUUAUAAAUGUAUCAUUUCCAGAUUCUGAGUAUAAAUCUUUGUCAGAGGGAAUCACACAAGAAAUUCACUAUUUUGGAGCAGGUACAGUUAAAAAAAAAAAAAAAAACUAAAAUAAAAACAAAGAGAAACGAGUCCAAAUGAUGUUUACAGAUUUAAUCUUUUGGUUGUAUGGGUUUAUCAUUAUUCUGUAUGACUGUUGGCAAUAAAACCGUGAAUGUG